GCUCUGAUGCCGUUGCUGUGCGACAUUUUCCGGGUCGCGAGUGGUUGAAGCGAGAUCACCGCGUUCAAAGAUAUGUAAGUGUGCUUUCAUUGAAAUACAAUUACUGUAUUUUAUUCUCAGUUUAUUUGUGAUUUAUUCAGAAUAUGAGGCGUUGUUGGCUGUUUGGGCGUCAAAUUAGCGCGGUAACCACGUGAAACGUCUUGUAACGUCCGUGUUUUGAGGGUCUUUGAAUGGGCAUCAAUGGCGGCGGGUUUCAGUGAGAGGGUAAACGUUAGAAAUGAUCGGGGUCUGGUUUGAUUGUUAGGGCAAUCAAACUUCAAAAUACAAGCUUUACAAAAUAAGAACUGCGGAAAUGUCUCAAAUGCCGACGGUAUUUCUUGUAAUAUCACGUUUUUUUGCUCAUCUCUACCAUAUUAUAUCAGAUUUCGCGACGCCUUUACUGUCUGCAAUGUUUAUCUCCUAUUUUGAGCACACUUGGUUUAGUUUUUCAUCUGAAAAUCUACUUCUACCUCCCGCAUAUAAACUUAUAAAUCAAAGUGUGUUGAGAUUGGUCAUUAUUGUGGUAUUAAUGUGAUAUUGGGUAGACCUCUCCUGUUCUUGCUGGUCUUGUUUGCAGCAUUUUUUAGUGAAUUUCAUUAUUUCAUCACUAAUUUAUUUGGAGUUCGCUGACUACUGACUAAAAAUUUACAAGUUAAUAUUAACAAAAUUACCAUUUUAAAUAGAUGUAGCACGUUAAAUUGCACGAGUUUGUAGCGAGACCCUGGGCCAAUCCAUUACGGACUGCAGCGGGGGUGACGCAGCUCAAGGAAGAACAUUUGUGAUCAUUUCUUUAUUAUUUCAUGGAAGUAAUAAUCACCAUAUUAAUAAUUUUUCACUGCAGACGCGGUAGUUCUUCUGCUUUAGCGUCUCAGCCUGAUUGCAUUUCCUUGAAGAAAUGAUCAUAGAUAUUCUUCCUUGAGCUGCGUCACCCCGCAGCAGUCCGUAAUGGACUGGUCAAAGUCUCUACAAACAAGUAGCUGCUGGAAGAGAGUAGGUGAGUUGUGUUUGGUCUCUAUGCUAAAGAAAUUAGGCAAAGUUAAAAAGAUGUUUGGUGGCUAGUGCUAUGGCUGGGACCCUAUAUGUACUGUUGAUGAAGUUAGGUGCUGUUCUGAGCAUUAUUUGUGGCUAUAGAGUGGUGUUUUGGUUGAAGUUUGUUUAUGGCUCCUCAGACUGCUGUGUAUUGCUAUCCUGCAGUCGUUACUAAAGUUGGUAUAACUAGAGAAGCAAGCAGUCUGCAACAUUCAUCUCUCGAAGGGGUGUCUAACUCGGUGUUACUGUGUGUUUGACCCUAAAUUAAUUUUAUGCCAAACUAUCCCUUUUAAUGUGAUGAUGUUUAAACCACUUCUGUACCUGCUGCUCUGUUUGUAGCAUUUUUUUAGUGAAUUUUAUUUUUCCAUCACCAAUUUAUUUGAAGUUAUCUGACCACUAACUUAAAAAUUCAUUAGGUCAUAUCAUCAAAAUCCUCGUUAAAAAUAGAUGUAGCACAUUAAAUUGCAAUAAAACAAUCCAGAAUAUUUUUGACUGAUUUAGAAUGAAUGUUAAUGUUGGAAGUCGUCCUGCACCAGUUUUGACACACACUGUCUCAGAGUAACACUUUUUUAACCCCCUGACUUUAGGGCACCAUCACCUACAAAACGAAAGGAGGAGGAAAAAACCAAAGACAGAGGGAAAGAAAAGACUGGCACCAAGGAAGGAGACAAGGAGAGAGGACGGGACAAAGCAAGGAAACGACGCAGUGCCUCUACUGGCAGCAGCAGCAGCAGGUUUGCUUCCACAGUUAUCUCUUAGCUGUUUGAUGUUUGUGACAAAAUCAGCCUCUAAAUAGUGUGUAAUUUCCGACUGAACAUGUUUUUGACUCCCACCAGGUCCAGAUCCAGCUCCUCUUCCAGCAGCAGCUCUGGCUCCAGCUCUGGUUCCUCAAGUGGAUCAAGCUCAUCGGGUUCCAGCCGCUCUGGCUCUUCGAGUUCUCGUUCCUCCUCUUCCUCCAGUUCCUCAGGCUCCCCGAGCCCCAGCCGCAGACGCCAUGACAACCGUCGGCGCUCACGCUCAGCGUAAGUCACCCCAUCACAUGCAGCUGGGAUGUAAUUCAUUUUACUAGUUUGUUUUGUGGAAAAAUAUAACUCCUGUUUUAUUUUGUGUUCCUGCAGGUCUAAAACACAGAAGAGGGGAGAGGAAAAAGAGCGGAGGAAAAGAAGUCCAAGCCCCAAGCCAACUAGAAUUCACAUAAAACGUUUGACCAGGAACGUCACCAAGGUUAGACAAGGGAUUUGAUAUGAUUUGACAGGAUAUAAGAUGAUGAGAAAUCCAUCGUUAGUAGAAUAAGAGUCCCAAAUCUUAAAGCAAACGUUUCCUCUCAAUCGUACCUAAAAUGUGGUGCAUCUGUUUCUACAGGAACACAUCCAGGAGAUCUUUUCCACUUAUGGAAAGAUCAAAACGGUCGAUAUGCCAGCAGACAGGACCCACAACCACUUGUCCAAGGGCUUUGCUUACGUGGAGUUUGAAACUUCUGAUGAGGCCCAGAAAGCUCUGAAACACAUGGAUGGAGGUACGCCAGACUAUGUCCUACGUCCCUUGUCUUACAGGAUCGUUGUGAGUUUCGUUCCUAAUUGGCUUUCUGUGAUGUUGAUUUGUGAUUUGCAGGCCAAAUUGAUGGACAGGAAAUCACUGCGGCCGCCGUGCUGCCCCAGCGAAUCCGUCCUCCACCUCGGAGACUCUCUCCCCCUCGCAGAAUGCCCCCGCCUCCGCCUAUGUGGCGUCGCACACCACCACGCAUGAGGAGAAGGUAUUAUAAGUCAUUUGUAAUCCUGAAAGAUAAACACAGGAUCACAGAGUCUGCAGGUUUGGUGUGCAGAGUGUGGCUAACACUAGCAUUUAUAGCACCACUCGCCUUCGGUCCUUAAAGCUGGUCAAUAGCAGACUGAUGCUGCUUCUAUCAGACACAGCCUUCAUGUACCUCAAACUUUAUUUUUCUAGACCAAAAUGCAUAAAGAUGAGAUGUGUCCAAAUGAAGCAUUAAGCUUUCAUUGUGGCAGUAGCUCUGGCUCCGUCAGGUGGCUGCAUCUCAGCUUGGGUACAACAUGUUACCAGCAUUUUAGGCCAAACUUCACACACACACCCUUUAUUCAUAUGGUUUGUUUUUAUGUGUCUGACACAGUUUUCAAUAUUUGACAUCCUUAUAGAUCUCGCUCACCCAGGAGACGAUCCCCACCACGCCGCCGCUCUCGCUCUAGAUCCCCUGGUCGCAGGCGUCAUCGCUCUCGUUCCAGCUCCAACUCCUCCAGAUAGAUGCGUGUCACACCGUCUGAUCUCUCUGAUCUUCAGUCUCCGCAGUGAUUGAAUUUCUGCUUUCUCAGACCUGAUGGACUUACCAGAAAUAAAAUCAUCUGUGUUGUAGCCAACAUGACCACCCGCCUGCAUGUAGAAAGCAGAGGUGUUUUUUAUUUUUCUCUCUCUGCAAAUGUAAGUCUCUUUCUGUAUUUGUUUUUAAGUAUAUUUUUUCAAGUUGGCUCAGAGUUGAAGUAAGAGUUGAAGUUCAAGAUGAUUCCUGUUUUUUCUGAGAUCUGCAGGUAUUUUUUGUUUGAGUGUGACUUUAUUUUACCAUGUACUGAAUUUUUAGACAUUUUGAAAAAUAAAAAUGAAGAAACUAACA